ACCCGGAAUGCUGCCCAGCGGACCGAGUUACCGGAAGUUAAACCUCCUCGACGUUCAUGUGGGUCCGUGUUGACAACGGAAAGUGUCUCUGAACCUUUUGAUUAGUUAUUCCCUGAGAGCGUUUGAAAACUUCAACAUUAAACAUGUCCGACAACGAAGACAACUUCGACGACGGAGACUUUGAAGAUGCCGAAGAAGACGAUGGAAUGGAUGACCUGGAAAACGCCGGUGAUGAGGACCGGGAGAACGUGCAGAUCCUCCCGGCAGGAGAAGGGCAGCAGGCCAACCUGAAGAGGAUCACGACGCCCUACAUGACCAAAUACGAGCGGGCCAGAGUGCUGGGCACGCGAGCGCUGCAGAUCGCCAUGUGCGCUCCAGUCAUGGUGGAGCUGGAGGGAGAAACCGACCCCUUGCAAAUAGCUAUGAAAGAGCUCAAGAGCAGAAAGAUCCCGAUCAUCAUCCGCAGGUACCUUCCUGAUGGGAGUUAUGAGGACUGGGGCUGCGACGACCUCAUCAUAACUGAUUAAACCGCUCAUCCGGUCUGCACUGAUGAAUCAAUAUAUAAUAAUUCACACCUAUCGUAUCAGGUCGGUUAGCCACAAAAACCCAGAAGAUUCCCCGGGCUGAUCCAAGCACCCCCCACCUGUUAAUGCCUCAGUUUUAUGCACAGACACCCUUGCUUCAGGUGACUGUGGGUGAAAUAUGAAUAAAGCAAGUGUGCUAAAGUGACACUGAAAGACUAAUUAAACAGAGAGACUCUGGCAGGGUUCUGAUCGAAUAAUCUGACUGCUUUUCAGCCCCAUUGGGUCGUUUGUCACAUGACUCCUGAUACAUUAACAGUUCUUCUUUGACAGUUGCAACAAAGAGCCACAAGGGGGAAAUGUAACAUCAGUCCUUUACUUUGUUUUACAAAAUAUACUUGUCUUGUAAUUAUUUUAUGUUUUUGUUCUGAUGGAGGGAGGUGAUCGUGUACAAAAACUGUUUUAUUGUUAAUAAACUCUUUUGUAUAAAUGUC